GCGGGAGGGUACUUUGGGGCCUUGCUGUUGCGUGACGUCAGGUGGGUUGUAAGCAAUGAAGCGCUGAGCACGACAAAUCAGAUGGUAGCGCAAUGUGAGAAAAGACGGAACGACGAAAUAAAAUAUUUGCAUUUUCAGUCCAAAUUGAACUGUGUCGUAAUUUUUGAAUUUUCCCGGAGUUCCUCGAUAUCUAGCAACGCCAUAGAUACCUCCUACAUGGCCAGAGGCUGCUGAGUAUUCUUUCAAUUUCUUUUUCUGCGCGCGUUGGAAAUUCGUGGUGUGGACUGACAAUGUGUGAUGUGUGGUGUGCCCGCAGAGGAUAAUGGACUCGGCGGAGCAGGUGGCGCUGUCGCACAAGUUCGAGGCCGGGCUGAAGCACCGCUUCCUGGACGCUCGGCGCUUCGGCGAGGGCGCGCCCGGCGAGAGCGACCCGCUGCUCGACGCCAACGGCGACCAGGGCCUCAACACCACCGUCAGCGCCAUCCUGCUGCCGCCCGGCAUCAGCGACUCCAAUCCGGACGUGAUGAACGCCAUCAAGUGGUCUGAGCAGUUGGAUCCCCUCUUCGUUAGUAACUACGAAAUGGAUCCCUCGCUGAGCUGGCAGUACUUUGGCAGCGCCUCAGGCUUCCUGCGCAGGUACCCAGCGAGCCGGUGGCCCGGGGGCGCGGGCGAGCGGCCGACCGACUUCCGGUCGGCGGCGUGGUACGCCGGCGCGGCCGCGUCGCCCAAGGACGUGCUGGUGCUGCUGGACAGCUCGGGCUCCAUGAGCGGCGCGCGCCGCGAGGCCGCCAAGGCCGUCGUCGCCUCCAUCCUCGACAUGCUGGGCGACAACGACUUCGUCAACGUCUACCGCUUCUCCGACGUCACCGAGGAGCUCGUGCCGUGCUUCCGCGACAUGCUCGUCCAGGCUACCAGGGAAAACAUCCGCGAACUUAAGAACGCGCUCGAGGCCACGAAAUCAGAAAACAUCGCCAACUUUUCGUCCGCGCUCAUCACGGCCUUCGAACUGCUGCACAGGUACAACCGCACGGGCCUGGGCUGCCAGUGCAACCAGGCGAUCGCGCUGGUGACGGACGGCCCUUCCGACACCUUCAGCGACAUCUUCAAGCGCUACAACGAGCCGCACCGGCCCGUGCGCAUGUUCACCUUCCUGGUGGGCGGCGACUCGGCGGGCGCCAAGGAGAUGCGCUCCAUCGCCUGCAGCAACAAGGGUUUCUACGCUCGCGUUGGCUCCCGCAAAGAGGCCGAAUCAGCCGUGCUGAACAUGCUGUACGUGAUGGCCCGCCCCAUGGUCAUGUACCAGAACGAUCACCCUGUGCAGUGGACACCUGUGUACGCCGGCACCCGACAGGGCGAACGCGUAGCCAAUUUAUUGGGUGUGGUUGGUACGGACGUGCCGGUCGAACACAUUCAGAAGUUGGUGCAGCCCUACAAGCUCGGAGUGAACGGUUACUCGUUCAUCGUAGACAAUAACGGGCACGUCUUGUAUCACCCGGACCUCCGCCCUCUGACCAAGACACCUAGCGGCCAGCCGCGACAUGCCUUUGCAUCUCUGUAUGUCUUCUCGCAGGAGGCGCUCAAACCUGACUACAACAGCGUCGACCUCACAGAGGUGGAAUUGGUGGAUGGCGAAGGAGGUCCUCGGGAGAACAACUCUCUCCUUCUCGACUUGCGGCAUGACAUGAUAGAUCAAAAAGAAGGUGAGACGGAGCUUAGUGUCAAGAUCCACUAUGACAAUAUGAAGCGAGUGACAACACGACGUCAUAAAUAUUUCUACAAUCCCAUUGAAGGAACACCAUUUUCCCUGGGUCUUGCUAUUCCAGAGGGGUAUGGUAUGUACGAGGUUCUAGGGGAGCAGGAAAUCAAACUCAAGCCGAUCAAUGUGACUGACUUCUUCCGUGGGACCAAAUGGAAAGUUCAUCCUGACUGGGUGUACUGUGAAUACAAUUAUGCCGCUGAAAAUCGCUUCAAAACUCCAGAAGAACAGGUUCUGUACUUUCUCUCACGCACACGCAAACCUGGUUGGAAGUGGAUGUCAUUACGACCACGCUCUCAACUUAAAGAUGCAGCUCAUAUGAAGAAAAUGGAAAAGGAUUCCUAUUUUUGUGACAAGACAUUGGUGCAGAGUUUGGUGUUUGAUGCAGUCGUCACAGAAGGUAUAGAGUCCAUGGAACGGCAGGUGUCGAGCUUCUCUAAGGAUGACCCAAAAACAGGAGAUAAGAAGGACGAAUUGUAUGGAAUCACAUUAUCAUUCAUUGCAACACGGAGUGGACUGUUGCGAUGGCAAGAUUACAAACCACCAGGCAUGUCCAAUGACAUGCCAGAUCCUUUUCCUCACUUCAGUGAAAAUAACCAACGAGCUACUGAUGAAGUGUGGUACAAGCGUGCUGUGGAUCAAUAUGCUAUUGAGCCUGAUAGCUUUGUUUUUUCUGUGCCCUUCGAUGCUGGAGCAAAUUCCAACACACGUGUUACUGCAACACAUGCUCUCUUUGUGGAACAUAAAGGUCAUCGUGCUCCUGCUGCUGUUGUAGGACUUCAGUUUCAGCAUUCCACAUUUGCCAGCCAUUUUCUGAAAAUUACUUCUUCUUGUUCAUCAGGUCAACAAAAUCCAUCAGAGUGUAAAAAGACAUGUAAUUCUGAAGAACUAGAUUGUUAUGUCCUUGAUGACAAUGGUUUCAUUAUAGUAUCAGAAAGCCCUGACAAUACAGGCAGAUUCUUUGGACAAAUAGAUGGGACAAUCAUGGAUUCACUGGUGCAGGAUAGGAUUUAUAAAAAAGUACCAGUGUUUGACUAUCAGGGUGCCUGUAUGGACCAAAAGAACCCUUAUAGUGAUGCUAGCAACAGACUGACUCCUUUGGAACCAAUUAAAUGGUUCAUUCGAUGGUUCUUUGGGAAGAUGGUAUGGAUAGCAGUGCAAACUAGUUUAUAUUCUCUCUGGGAUCCCAGUUGGGCUCAAGCAAAUGAUGAUGGUAAUCUUUACGGAGAUUAUGAAACAAGUUUUGACAAUUAUCCCACUCGAGAAGAAAGCAAUUUAUUUCCUGCUGCAGGAGGAAUUUUGACUGAAACUCAACCUCCUCUCCGAAUGUACCCUUAUACACCAGUUCCUCCUGUACAUGCCCCUUAUACAAAUGACGAUAAUAAUGACUUCCAACCUAGACCCUGUGAUAAACGGGUAGAUUUGUAUAUACUUCAACCAGACAGGCUCAAUACUAGUGGUGAUUUUAAUCCUUUGAAAGGAAAGCUCACUAACUGUCAUUCAACUGGCUGUGAAAGAAAAUUACAAGAAGAAGAAGGAAAGGAAGAAGAAGAAGGAAAAGAAGAAGAAGAAGAAGAAGGAGGAAAAGAAGAAGAAGAAGAUAGGAGAAGAAGAAGAAGAGAAAGAAAAAGAAGAAGAAAAAGAAGAAGGAAAAAAGAAGAAGGAAAAGAAAAGGAAAAUAAGAAGGAAAAGAAGAAGAAAGAAGAAGGAAAAGAAGAAGAAAAGGAAAAGACAGAAGAAAGGAAAAGAAAAGGAAAAGGAAUAGAAGAAGAAGGAAAAGAAAAGGAAAAGGAGAAAAAGAAGAAGAAGGAAAGAAGAAAGAAGAAGACGAAGAAGAAGGAAGGAACGAAGAAGAAGAAGGAAAAGAAGAGAAAGAAGAAGGGAAGAAGAAGAAGAAGGGAAGAAGAAGAAGAAGAAGGAAGAGAAGAAGACGAAGACGAAGAAGAAGGGAAGACGAAGAAGAAGGGAAGACGAAGAAGAAGGGAAGACGAAGACGAAGAAGAAGAUGAGGAAAUAGGGAAAAAAGGAGUAUGUUUAGAUGUUCUUAAAAGGGUGUCCCUAAAUGAAGCAAUGCCUUUCAGUGUGCAGAAAAUACCACAAAGUAAUUUAAUUCUACUUGUUGUUGACACCUUGUGUCCCUGUGGUAGCAAACAGUUAAGCAUCAUGCCACAAGAAGUUGCUUAUGAUGCCUCUACAGCAGCAGCAGGUGCAACAGGAGGUUGUCGCAAUAGACCACAUGAAGCAAUGUAUCGUCGUCGACCACCAAAGUGUAUGAACUAUCAUCCUGAGGAGACUGAAAUAAAGGUCUGUGGGGGUGGUGGCAGCACUUCUGUGUCACCUUGGAUUGUAAUGGUUUGUUUAGGCACGUGGACAAUUAGCAAAGCUCUCUUAUCAUGAUCUGUUUGGCUUGGAUUAUUCCAUUGUUAAAUCCAUUGAUUUUUCCUGUGAUGAUCACAAUUAUUAGCAAAUAAUCAACGCCUAUGAAAGUACAUUGUAAUGUGGCUGUUUGUACAAAUAAUCUACAGGUUGUAAAAGUAUGUGAUUCCUCAGCAAAGAUGGGAUGGUUAAAUUAUUUUUAUUAAUAUCUGUUCUAAAUCAUAACUCACAUACACAAACUAGUCAUCAUUACACAAAUCCCUAAGGACAAUAUUACUAAUAGUACAUGAUUAAUGCAAUAAUUUUUGUAGUGUUCAAAAACAAUAUGUUCAAUGAAUCAUAUAUAAUUACUAGCAACCAAUUCCUAAACGUAUUGUAUUAUUAGUACAAACAGAUGUCAAACUCACUCAGAGUCAUAAUAUACGAAUACAGCAAAACACCUCAUGACAAAUAAUGAUAAUAAUAAUGUUAAUAAGUAAUAAAUAAGCAACGCUUUAAACUCCUACAGUUGCAGGAUGCCAGUAUUAGCUUCAGCAAGUGGUAAUGGAAAGUCUUCGGAAAGUUUGCCACAUUGUUUUGGACUGUGUAACCCCUUGUCAGUAUAGCUAUGUAAAUACCUUCCACAUUUAUUCUCCUAUCUUCAGCUCUUUUAGAAUUAGAUAUAGAACCAAAAUUGUUUUAUUGUAGUUUAUUAUAGUAUAUAUCAUUGUUGCAAAGUUGAUAUUAUUUACUAAUAGUUGUUAUAUUUAAAUAUUAAUUGAUUUGUUAAAUAAUUUCAAUGUUAGUGCCCUAAUGUAGUUGUAAGUUAACAAGGGGUUAACGACUCAUCGGAUUAAAGGUGGCUCGAGACUGACAAUGACAAUAGCAUAGAGAUUAGAUUUCAGCUAGCAAACUGAACUGGGUUUGUACAACAUACACAAGGUCAACUUCAUAGGAUUUUUAAGGCAUUUGUUAUUACACUGAUCCUCGUAGAGAUGUGAGGAAUUUUGGAAUCAUGGUAAGGUCCAUGUAAUUUAAACAUAUAAUACAGUAUUAUAAAUACAUUUUAGAAACACUGUCAUCAAAAUUUGUAACAGAUAGACCAAUGUUUGUUUAAUUGCUUGUGUGAUAUGUUUAUGCAUUUAGCACUAAGUCAUGAAAUGUUUUAUCUCAAGAAAUUAAUGUAAAAAGAUAUACUUUCUAUCACUUUGAGCUGUCUUGCUAUGAAGACAUUUAGACUACAUUUUUAUUCAAUGUCUGUGGUAGUCCUGACAACUGUCGAGUAUGUCCCCCUUGUAUAUACAGUCAAUUUUACAUCCUUCAUCUAAACAUUUUCACCUACUCAUAAACAUAAAGAUUCUCUCUUGCAACCAUCACACAAUAAUUUUGAGAAUACAUUUAUAUUUAUCAAUAAAGUUAUCAAAUGAUUGGUGCGUAAACAUAUCCUUACCAACAUAUCCAUGGAAAUACGUGUAUGGAAGGUUUGAAAUAUUAACAUAUCCUUUCAAACAUAUCCAGGACAAUACAUAAAACAAAACAUGGAUGCAACAGAGAAUUAUAUUCCUUUUUUUUAUGAAAAGACCAAUUUGCUGUGAAGUGAAGCUUUUUCAUUAGUAGAAAUGUGCUGCCAAAUACUUCGUUUAUCUUCUCUUCAUAAUAUAUGACCUACAAAUAGCUUGAUUACUGCACUGUGUAAAUUUUUACUGUUAUUUUGCACAGUUUGAUGUACUUAGUAUUUAGAGUGUACACUGUAUAACGUCCGAGGAUAGAAAGCCAUGAUUCUGCUGAAGUGUUUUUAUGCUGUUCUUCUUGAGGAUAUUUUCAGAAAGCACAUUUUUACCUUGGAUGUUGUUAUUGUAUAAUAUGAAACAAUUUCUCCUAAGCAGAAGCUAAAUGAGCUGGAUGGUCAGAAAGAAAUUAAUUUAUGGCUUUUUCAAAAUAGUGCACAUGUGAAAAAUGCACAUAUUUAAUUGAUUUUACAAAAUAAUAACCAUGAUGGCCUUUUGCCAGAUAAUGAGAUUAUGCUAAGAUAACUUGAGUUUCAAAGGAUAUAAGACAAUAACUACUCUAAUAAUUAUUGUAACAAUAAGGAAUAAUAAUUUUAGAGACUGACAAAACCAACAUGGGCCAUGAACAUUUCAGAGAGUGCAAAGUGGAAUAAUUGCAUUACAAUUGAACUAUACAAUAACUGUGCUUGGGUAUGUAAAGUGGAUAAGAAAUGUUAAAUUUUUCUCUGUGUCUCAUUAAUGUUGUCUGACUUCAUUUUUUCAUAGUAUAUAUUUCAUUACUUUUUUCCUCAUGUACAAAAGUAUGGCUUAUAAAUGUGGUACUUCCUAAUUGCCUGAAAUCGGGUUGCACUGAAAUUUUUGAACAAAAUGAUGGGUAAUACAGGUAUCACAGAAUGUCAUUCAUAGUACCAUUCUUUCUUGAAUUGGCAUAAAUAUCCCAUGCCAAACAAUUGAGAGCCUUGCCAAACAAUUAUUAUAUCAGCUCUAAAUACUUUUCAAGAUAGAAAUACCUCAGAAAAUAAUUCAAGUAUAUUGAAUACAAACAAAAUUGGUAGAUUUUUGCUUUUUUAUGUAAUUGUUAAUAACUAUAUAUUGUUCGUAAUACAAUGAUACAGCAAUUUUUUACACCAAUGGAAUUCCUGUAAUUGUUUAUUACUUGAAUAGUUAAAUGUAGAUUAAUGUGUGUGUUUCGGUGGUAAAAAAUCUGCUUCCGGGUAAGGCAUGCCUAAAAACAUUACCAGUAUUUCAAAGUAUUAUAUCAUAAAACAUUUUGUACACUUCCAUGUGUUUAAUGCACUUAUGGAGGUGUAUGUAUUCCAAAAACAACAGUGGACAAUACAAACUUACAAUAAUAUUAUUAAUAUUUAAAUUGAAUAAAAAUUGAGAAUAAGAAAUAAUAACUCAACGACGACAAACUACCAUCCUUCACAGACCUGCGGCCUAUCACACACAUGAUAUUGUUUACUUCAGGGGCAAACAAGCUCAUGCAAGAAUGGAGUGUGGAAGCCAACAAUAUAUUGAUAAUUCAGUAAGGGAAAGAGCUUCUGUUCCAUUUAUGAAGAACUGAAAUUAGCAAACAAUGGUGUGCAUAAAUUUUAAACAGAGAAUAUUAUUUUUAUCUCCAUUUACUUCAGAAAUGUUCAAUUAAAUGUGGUGAAGGACAUUGGUUAACAAUGUGUUCAGGGCUUCAUGAGUGUGUGUACACUGGGUUCAAGUUACGUUGCAGUGCAGUGGUUUGAAGAAAGCAGAUAUGACUCAGCAUCAGGUGACAAGAUGGAACAUCCUAUUCUUCUUUUUCUAUUGUUCACCCUUUCUUUCAACAGAAAAUCAUUUUGAAAGUUGUGUGUUUUCCGUCAUUUCCUCCCUGCUCUGCAGUGUGAUUUGUAACAUACGUAAAAGAAUGUAAAAGAAGUGAUUAAGAAAAUUUUGAAAUGUAAAACAGAAAACAAUGGUCAGUUGGGAUAGAGGAUUGUGAGAUGGAAAGUAGGACAUUGCAUUGAUGAAAGUUUGGAUGCCUUAUAUUGGAGAAUGUUUGGGUUUUUAUUCCAUGCCUGUUGGUUGUUUGCCAAUUACUCUUGCAAACAUUAAGUCUUCCAUUUAAGAAUUAUAAUAAAUCAGAGAUUAGUGUAUCCGUAGUUGACAGCAAUAGAAUGGAGAGAAAGAAACUAAUGUAGGCAAAGGAAUGGCACAGUUAUAAUUAAAUAAUUUAUUUUUUGGUAUCAUACUAUGAUAUUUAACAAAAAAAGCUUCAAUGCCAACUCUGUAUUGACUAAUUUGGACAAAGUUGGUAUUACAGUAACUCUAGUGAAGCAGGAAACAGAUUUUUUAAUUUAUUUAAGUGGAUAUUGUCUCAUUAAUUAUGUAAAAGAAUUUAUUGCAAAAUUUUGCAUCAAGUCUUAGCAGUCGUUAGCUUCAAUGUAACGUUAUGACUUGUAUAGAUUAUAGUGCUUGCAAAACCAUUACACCAUUCCUCUAGUUUCAGGGAACUGUGAAUGUGACAUUCAAGUACCCUGCAUCAUUGGCUACAGGAAUAACUAUAUCAAUUUUGUGUAAAAACAAGUUUGAAUUAAAACUUGCAGAAUAAAGCUUAAAAAUUACAUUGUGAGUACAGUAUUUGACAAUUGUGUUUGAAUCUCAUUUGGCACUUUGAUUAUUUUGAUAUGAUUGAUAGCAGUGCAUUUGACUUUUUUUUAAGCAACUACAUUUGAUAUUGUUAUACUGAACAAUAAUGACUUUUUCAGGAAUAUUUAAUUAUUAACAAGCAUUGCUAACUUUCAAUGGCAUAAUAAUUAAGUGCCCAUAUUUAAACAGUACUGUGUCAUAAUUGACUUAUUAUGACAUCAUUCUAAUAUAUGAAUCGUUUAUAAUGAGAGUGUUGGGUUUGUUGCAGAUUGAAGUAAAAUAAAUAUCGGUAACUGUGUAACUAGUUGCGAGUGUUUGACUUCUAAAUAUUCCUAUUGACAAUACCCUUUUACAAAUGAUUUAUUUUGUAAAAUAAUGAUAAAUAACUUUUUAAGUGACUGUGUGCGAGUAUCUUCCACAAAUAGGAGUAUGCCUGUUUUUUAUUCUUUGUUUAUCUACAAAAAUUGUGUAUUUGUGAAAUGUGAUGUCUGAACACAAUCCAUAAGCUGCAGUGAAACACAUACCUCCAUAGCCUUUGAACCCAUUAUUUAAUAAGCAGUUAAAUAUUGAUCAUCCUCUGAAAAUUUUAAUUAUGUUUUGUCUUGAAAGAAGACGAAUAUAAAUGUAAAUAAUAACUAUUAAAUGUCUUCUCUUUCACUUCAACUAGUUACAAAAUUUGUUUACUUCAAAAUGUAAUGGUACCAUUACAAAUAAAUGUAAACACCAUACUAAUAAAUAUAAAACUGUUAUUGUAACAAUUUCCUGACUACAUUUCAUUUCUAUUAUUUUUAAUUGGCAAAUUGUUGACAAUAUUAUCAUUUCAUUCUUGAAAGAGUAAGCAAAUAAACCUCAAUGGAAAUGUGACAUGACUUCAUUCACAAAACACGGGCAAUUAGAUUAUUUCAAUCAAUAAUUUAUUUUUAAGGCUUUCAAAACAUCACAAAUGAAUGUUUUAAAAUAUCACUGUAAUAUUCUGCACAAUAAAACACAUAGAAUAUACAGAAGUGGGUAAAAAAAACAGAAAAUAAAGAAUAAGAACGUGCCGGUCACAGUUCUAUUUCCCUCAGCUUUAAUCAUCUGAGACAACUGGAGAAAGUCAAAAUUUUCAGAGGCAGAUUAGUGUGAUCUCUUAAGUGAGAAUUACAUGGUCUUAGACACAAUAUUGACAACUUGCAGUUCUCUUAUUAUAAUAACAAAAUUUAAUUUAUGAUGAGUCAUUUAAAACUAAUUCACAAUAUAAGAGUAUAAUUAAUAUAGUCUUGUUUGACGGCUUGAGUUGGUCCUUUUGAGAAGUUUUUUAUAGCACUUAAAUCAAAGUUGGCUGUAGAAUAACUCAUUUCUUCUAUCUGCAGUAGUAAUUCACAAAAAUAACAAUAAAUAAGAGACAUUUUUGAAGUUAAGGAAUUAGUUAUUACACAGGGGUCACAGCAAAUAGACGAUUGGUUUUUAGUAACAAUAAUGGCUAUUUCUCAUUUAAUUUGUGUUUGGUUAUUAUUAAAAGCAUCUUCUAAAUAAAUUUACACC